AUGGUCGCAUCGGCAUCAAAAUCUGCCGAUCCUGCCUCAGGCAAACACCCGUCUCCUAAUUUCUUCUCUUUCUGGAGAAAACCCAAGAAACUCAAAGAAGAUCCACCACCAUGGGCAAGAAUUUAUCGAAGGUUUACACUCGAAGAGCUCCGCUUCGCAACCCUAAACUUCAAUUCGAAACUAGGUCAAGGUGGUUUUUGUAGUGUUUACAAAGGUUUCUUCAAUGGCGACUUCAAGGAAACGGUUGUCGUCAAGAUGUAUUAUUCACUCAAUGGUCCUCAAUUAUUUCUCAGAGAGAUGGAAUCUCCAUCAAAGAGGGAUCACCCAAACAUCCUUUCUCUUAUUGGUUACUGUAUUGAGGGACCCCAUAGAUAUGUUGUUUCUGAAUACAUGCCCCAUGGAGAUCUCCAUGAUCAACUCCAUAAUCAAAAGACCCUGUUAUCAUGGAAAAGGAGGGUUGAAAUCUGCAUUGGAGCUGCUCGUGGAUUGGAGUUCUUACAUUCAGGUACCCCCUCGAUCAUCCACAGGAACAUUAAAUCUUCCAACAUUCUUCUCGACAGGAACUGGUUUCCAAGGAUUUCGGAUUUCGAGAUCUCCAGAUUUGUGCCAACAGGGUUGUCCGAAACAGACAGUCAUGUCAGCACCGUUGUAGCAGGCACUGUGGGGUAUUUAGACCCUGAAUAUUUGAGGACCGGUCAUCUGAGUCUGAAAUCUGAUGUUUAUAGCUUUGGGGUUGUGUUGUUUGAGGUGUUGUCUGCAAGAAAACCAAUUGAAAUGACCAUGACAGAGGAACAUGGGACACACGGGAUGCAAUGGUGGAGACAGUGUGUGGAAGAUGAUAGGGUUGGUGAAAUACUUGAUCCUCGAAUGAAUGACGAGGUUGUACCGGGGUGUCUUAGAGCAUACGCUGAUAUAGCAUACGCGUGCGCGAACAAUCGAGGAAGUGAAAGACCGACGAUGGCGGAUGUGGUGAAAAGGCUUGAGCAGAUGUUGUUGUUUCAGGAGUGUUUUGAAGCUGGUUUACCUUUCUCACCAUCAUCGCUAGGAUCUAUUGUACCUCCCCCAAAGAAGAAUGAGCCUUUGUUUGAGAUUGAGUUCCAGGACUCGGACAUGUCGGUAUCCAAUUAUGACUCCGACGAACUGCUUCGUGAUUGA